CCCUUCCUCUCUACUCCCUCGUGCAGUCGUGCUGCUUCCUCGUUGCUCGGCUCGAGGCGGCAUUUGCGGCGGGAGGGAUCUGCGCGCGCGCGCGCGUGCCGUGCGUGCGGGCGGGCGGGCGGCGGGGGUGGGGUGUGUGCCGGGGAAGGGAUGGCGUCGUUCGCUGUUUCCGGCGCGAGGCUAGGGGUGGGGCGUGCGGGCGGCGGCGGCCCGGCGGCGCGAUCCGGUGGGGUGGACUUGCCGUCGGUGCUCUUCAGGAAGAAGGACUCCUUCUCACGUAGCAUUAUGGGCUGCGCGGGUGCUCCUGGCAAGGUGCUGGUGCCUGGCGGUGGCAGCGACGACUUGCUGUCCUCUGCCGAACCAGACGUGGGAACUCAAUUGCAGCCUGAAGAAUCACAGAUACCUGAUGAUAACAAAGUAAAACCUGUCGCGGAAGACGAAGCAAUUCCAGCAGAAGCCGAAGCAAGCAUAAAGGUUGGGGCUGAAGAAAAACUUGAAUCUUCAGAAGCCAUUCAAGAUGUCAAGGAAACUGUGGCUCAUGCUGUAAUCAAAGAAGCUGAAGGACCAUCUGUUGAGGAGAAACCACGAAUUAUCCCACCACCAGGACAUGGUCAGAAGAUAUACCAGAUUGACCCAAUGCUGGAAGGAUUUCGGAACCAUCUUGACUACCGAUACAGCGAAUACAAGAGAAUGCGUGCAUCUAUUGAUCAACAUGAAGGUGGCUUGGAUGCAUUUUCUCGUGGUUAUGAAAAGCUUGGAUUUACGCGCAGUGCUGAAGGCAUUACCUAUCGAGAAUGGGCACCUGGAGCACAGUCUGCAGCAUUAGUAGGUGACUUCAACAAUUGGAACCCAAAUGCAGAUGCUAUGACCAGAAAUGAGUAUGGUGUUUGGGAGAUUUUCCUGCCUAACAAUGCUGAUGGAUCCCCUGCUAUUCCUCAUGGCUCACGUGUAAAGAUUCGGAUGGAUACGCCAUCUGGCGUAAAGGACUCAAUUCCUGCCUGGAUUAAGUUUGCUGUACAGGCUCCAGGUGAAAUACCGUACAAUGGUAUAUAUUAUGACCCACCUGAAGAGGAAAAGUAUGUAUUCCAAUAUCCUCAACCUAAACGACCAAAGUCACUGCGGAUAUACGAAUCACAUAUUGGAAUGAGUAGCCCGGAACCAAAGAUAAACACAUAUGCCAAUUUUAGGGAUGAGGUGCUACCAAGAAUUAAAAGGCUUGGGUACAAUGCUGUACAGAUAAUGGCAAUCCAGGAGCACUCAUAUUAUGCAAGCUUUGGGUAUCAUGUUACUAACUUCUUUGCACCAAGUAGCCGUUUUGGAACCCCGGAGGACUUGAAAUCUCUGAUUGAUAAAGCUCAUGAGCUUGGUUUGCUUGUGCUUAUGGAUAUUGUUCACAGUCAUUCAUCAAACAAUACCCUCGAUGGUUUGAAUGGUUUUGAUGGCACUGAUACACAUUAUUUCCAUGGUGGCCCACGGGGUCAUCACUGGAUGUGGGAUUCUCGCCUGUUCAACUAUGGUAGUUGGGAAGUUUUAAGAUAUUUACUGUCGAAUGCAAGGUGGUGGCUUGAGGAAUACAAGUUUGAUGGGUUUCGAUUUGAUGGGGUGACCUCCAUGAUGUAUACUCAUCACGGUUUACAGGUGGCAUUUACUGGCAACUAUGGCGAGUAUUUUGGAUUUGCUACUGAUGUUGAUGCAGUAGUUUACUUAAUGCUGGUAAAUGAUCUAAUUCAUGGGCUUUAUCCUGAGGCUGUAUCCAUUGGUGAAGAUGUCAGCGGGAUGCCUACAUUUUGCAUUCCUGUUCAAGAUGGUGGUGUUGGUUUUGACUAUCGUUUACAUAUGGCUGUACCAGACAAAUGGAUUGAACUUCUCAAGCAAAGUGACGAAGCUUGGAAAAUGGGUGAUAUUGUACACACCCUAACAAAUAGAAGGUGGUCAGAAAAGUGUGUUACCUAUGCAGAAAGUCAUGACCAAGCACUAGUUGGUGACAAGACUAUUGCGUUCUGGUUGAUGGAUAAGGACAUGUAUGAUUUUAUGGCUCUGGACAGGCCUUCAACACCUCGAAUUGAUCGUGGGAUAGCAUUACAUAAGAUGAUUAGACUUGUCACCAUGGGCUUAGGAGGUGAAGGCUAUCUUAACUUCAUGGGAAAUGAGUUUGGGCAUCCUGAAUGGAUAGAUUUCCCAAGAGGUCCGCAAAGCCUUCCAAAUGGCUCAGUCCUCCCGGGAAACAACUACAGCUUUGACAAAUGCCGUCGUAGAUUUGACCUUGGAGAUGCAGAUUAUCUUAGAUAUCGGGGCAUGCAAGAGUUUGAUCAGGCCAUGCAGCAUCUUGAGGAAAAAUAUGGAUUCAUGACAUCUGAGCACCAGUACAUAUCGCGGAAGCAUGAGGAGGAUAAGAUGAUCAUCUUUGAGAGAGGAGAUUUGGUAUUUGUGUUCAACUUCCACUGGAGUAAUAGCUAUUUUGAUUAUCGGGUUGGUUGUUUAAAGCCUGGAAAGUACAAGAUUGUGUUGGACUCAGACGAUGGCCUCUUUGGUGGAUUCAGUCGGCUUGAUCAUGAUGCUGAGUACUUCACUGCUGAUUGGCCGCAUGACAACAGGCCAAGUUCAUUCUCGGUGUACGCCCCUAGCAGAACUGCUGUCGUGUACGCCCUUUCAGAGGAGGAGGACUAGUGAUCAGCAUUGGUCAGUGGGGAACAGCUCCAGGGAGCUGGUGGCAUGGCACCAGAAUGCAACCAAGUGAAAGGAUGCUGCCCGAAUAUGUGAUUCGAGGGGGACCUGUGUUUCUUCGCCAAUGCCAGAAGAUGAGGUAGAAACUCUACUGGUGAGCUCCUGUUUUCGAGUGAUUCGGAAGGACAGACCAGAGUGAACGGCUUUUCUCCGAGCUACACCAAACCCAUCCUAUGUUGCACAUUCGCUGUAGCUUUGUACAUAAUGUUAUCAGUUGGCAUUGUAUCUUUCUGAAUAAUCCGUUUGAC